AUGUUUAUUUUAAUAUGUAUAAUAGUCUUAACUUAUUCCAUCCAAUUACCAAUCAAAGAAUCCGAGAAUAUAGAAGUAUUAGAACUGGGUUCUAGUGAUCAACUCCAGGAGCAGCAAUUAAAAAAAGUUCAAAACAAUUAACAAGUGUUUUUAUUAGAAAUUGCAAAUUAUUUGGAAGGAACCACUAUUAAUAGUUUAUUAGGUUUACAAAGCAAAGAUAAUCAAUCCAAACGUAUUAUAAUUGCAACUAUACUCUCAAUCAUGCUAAUUGUCAUUUUUUGUGUUGUAAUACAAUUAAUAUUGGACGUGUCUAAAAAAUGUAGAAUCAAGUUGAGUAGAGAAAGUACUUCGCUGCCAAUUUCAUGAAUUUUGUAUUUUUGUAUAAAUAUACUGAGUAUUAGCUCUUAUAUACUAUUUA